CAACCCUGGCUCUGCGGAGCCCCAGCUCUGUCUCUUUAAGGAACCCAGCGAGUCGUGAUGCUGCUGUUUGUAUUGCUAAAUCCCCAGGAGUCCAGUUAAGAAACGGGCAGCUGUCUCUUUAAGUGUGAUUUCCUUCUAUUGUAUUUGAAUCGUGAUCAGGAAAAAGGAAAUGAAACCAGAGACCCGGGGCUGAGCCACGGAGAGUCAGAAUAAUCCCAAAGUGAUGCUGAUCUCCUCAUUUCCACCACCUCCAGCCGGCUCCGGAGCAUGUCCAGAGCUGCCCAGGCAAAAAGCCUGAGCGGAGCCCGGCGAGCCCCGGGCUGAGGCAGCGGUGGCAGCCGAGGGAGCCGAGGCAGCCGCUUCCCCCGCGGGGCCGGAGCCGCAGCCGGGGCCGGAGCCGCAGCCGCAGCCGAGGGAGCUGCCCCAGAGGCCGGUGCGCAGGAGGAGCGCGGCGGGGAUGGGAGGAGGAAAUCCUGUGAAUGUCAUUGGGGGGCGGAGGGGGAACUCAGCUGCUGAGAAGGCUCCGAGAGCAGACAGCCUGUGCGGGGGCAGCGGGGGCAGAUCCCACCACCACCGGCACGCUACAAAGGAACAAGCCCUGCCAAUGUCAUCGGCCAUCGAGAGGAAAAGCCUCGAUCCUUCCGAGGAGCCAGUGGACGAAGUCCUGCAGAUCCCCCCGUCGCUGCUGACAUGCGGCGGCUGCCAGCAGAACAUUGGGGACCGCUACUUCCUGAAGGCCAUCGACCAGUACUGGCAUGAGGACUGCCUCAGCUGCGACCUCUGUGGCUGCAGGCUCGGGGAGGUGGGCAGACGCCUGUACUACAAGCUGGGCAGAAAGCUCUGCAGGAGGGACUAUCUCAGGCUCUUUGGCCAGGAUGGCCUCUGCGCCUCCUGCGACAAGCGAAUCCGAGCUUACGAGAUGACCAUGCGGGUGAAGGACAAAGUCUAUCACCUGGAGUGCUUCAAAUGUGCUGCCUGCCAGAAACAUUUCUGUGUUGGGGACAGAUACCUCCUCAUCAACUCAGACAUAGUAUGCGAGCAGGACAUCUACGAGUGGACUAAGCUGAAUGGGAUGAUCUAGCAAGGCCCUGCCUCAGCAGCUCCGGAGGGCAUCUCACGGGCGACACCGACGCACGGCUGCAGCGAGGAGACCAUCACCCGAGCCCUGGGCUAGUGUAAAAUGGGGGGGAACACCAGGGAGCCAGCCCUCUGCAGGCAGUGCAACACAGAACCUGCAGUGUUGAUAGGUGAGGAAGGGAGGCCACAGCAACAGCAGAGACACUGACUCCUCUUAGUGAAGGCACAAGGACCAUAACUGACACCAGCCACCAGGAGAGAGGCGCGGAGCAACCGCAAGGUGACAAAUGGCUUCCCGUGGCUGCAGGAAGAGCAGGGACUUGUGUAAAGAGAUGUUUGGACUUGGCCACCUGCAGACUAGGACUGUGCAACUGAGCUCUCUUUUUGUCUUGUUUUAGUUACCCAGUUUAGACAACAGCUCCUAACGUAGGCAUGAGGAAGAACCCUGGCAGAAAAGGGCUGCCACUACCAGGGGCGUUUGCUCUGGCAUCACGCUUCAGGCAGAGGAAGGGGGAAGAGGGUGGGGGUUGGUUUUGCAUGGAUUUGAUUUUGUUCCUUGAGUAUGGAUCCUCUAGUCCCAAAGUCUUCUUUAAAAACAGAAAAAUAUCCUGCUGAAUAGUGGGUUUGGGGCACUGCUGUUUCAAGGUGAGAUGUUCCACAGAUCAUUUCUAUACAGAUAUAAAUCUAAAGAGUUGUUCAACUAUUUUAUUAACUUAGAUUCUAUUGAGAAAUUAUUUGUUGUGUGUAGUAAGACUCUGCAGCUUUAAUAAAAAGGACAGGAGA